CGAGCCCAUCGUCCUGUCUUCCCGGUCUCGGGAUCUUCCAGGCUGGAGUUUGCCCCGGGGCGGGGGGCGAGGGAGGGAGCACACGCGCAGACCCCCUUCUGGGCUCCCCUUCGCCCGUCCCUGGCGCUGUCCUGCAGUUUGGGGGAUCGAGGGCGCGUGGGACCCGAACCUGGCGUCUUAAGCGAUGUAGGGUCUGCAUGACUGGGAGGGUGCCUGGAGGGGGCCCCUUCGUGAGCCGGCCCAGGGGAGGGGAGUGCGAACAGCCCCCUUUCCGGCCUCCCCUCGGGCCCCGCGCCGGGGGCGAACCUGCCCGGUGGGCGUAAGUAGUUUUGGCGAUCGCUGCUGGCGAGCGGCGGCGUGGCGGCCGGAGCCUGAGCGGGGCUCGGCGUGCGCGUGUGUGUGUUGGGGAGAUUAGGACGCGACUUGAAUAUUUAUGAGCUUUGCUCGACACGGACUCGCCGUGUUUACUUGGCUCUUUGUUCCUCCCCCCUCCCCCGGCACACACUCACACUCACUCGCACACGCACCCCGGCCUGCAAACUUGCACGGCUCGGGGCGCGCCGCCGGGUGGCCUCGGCCCCCGCCCCGCCCCGCGAGCUGCCCCGAUGAGGCGGCAGCCACAGAACGGCGACCUCAAGAAGCAGCUCCACGAAAGGCAGCCGCGGAUCGCCGCGAUCAGCGACAAACAAGCUUUGGGAACGAUCACUGCAGUGCCUGUCACGGGUCCUCAGGUCAGCUCCUUGCAGAGGUUGGCCGGGCAAGGAGCGGCAGUGCUACCUCAGGUUAGGCCAAAGACUCUGAUUCCAGACAGCCUCCCCGUUGCCCCGGGCCGGGACCGGCCACCCAAGCAGCCCCCAACAUUCCAGAAGGCCACUGUGGUCAGCGUCAAGAACCCCAGCCCAGCCCUCCCCACCGCCAACAACACUGUCAGCCAUGUGCCAGUGCCCGGCAGCCAGCCCCAGGCCCUUGCCGAGCCCGCCGCCCUUGCCUCUCCGCUGAGCAGUGCCGGGGUGGCCUACGCCAUCAUCUCCACCUCCCCCAGCAAUGCCGCUGCCAUGGCCCCCAGCACCGCCGUGUCUGUGGUCAGCGACAGCAUCAAAGUCCAGCCCCUCCUCAUCAGUGCUGACAACAAGGUCAUCAUCAUUCAGCCUCAAGUGCAGACGCAGCCCGAGAGCACGGCAGAGUCGCGGCCGCCCACAGAGGAGCCAUCUCAGGGAGCUCAGGCCACCAAAAAGAAGAAGGAAGACCGGCCCCCGACCCAGGAGAACCCCGAGAAAAUCGCCUUCAUGGUAGCGCUAGGCCUGGUUACCACGGAACACUUGGAAGAAAUCCAGAGCAAGCGACAGGAGCGGAAGAGAAGAAGCACAGCCAACCCUGCCUACAGCGGCCUCCUGGAGACCGAGAGGAAACGGCUGGCCUCCAGCUAUCUCAACAACCCCCUGUUCCUCACAGCCAGAGCCAAUGAGGACCCCUGCUGGAAGAACGAGAUCACCCAUGAUGAGCACUGCGCUGCCUGCAAGCGAGGGGCCAACCUGCAGCCCUGUGGCACCUGCCCGGGGGCCUACCACCUCAGCUGCCUGGACCCGCCCCUCAAGACGGCGCCCAAGGGCGUGUGGGUGUGCCCCAGGUGCCAGCAGAAGGCCUUAAAGAAAGACGAGGGCGUGCCCUGGACUGGGAUGUUGGCCAUCGUGCACUCUUAUGUCACCCACAAGACAGUCAAAGAAGAGGAGAAGCAGAAGCUGCUGGAACGAGGCAGUGAGCUGCAGAAUGAGCACCAGCAGCUGGAGGAGCGGGACCGGAGGCUGGCGUCAGCAGUGCAGAAAUGCCUGGAGUUGAAGACAAGCCUGCUGGCCCGCCAGAGGGGCACCCAGUCAUCCCUGGACCGCCUGCGGGCCCUCCUGAGACUGAUACAGGGCGAGCAGCUGCUCCAGGUCACCAUGGCGACCACUAGCCCCGCCCCACUGCUGGCCGGGCCCUGGACCAAGCCCUCAGUGGCAGCCACACACCCCACCGUCCAGCACCCCCAGGGCCACAACUGACCCCAAGGGACCAGUCUUCACACCCACGGAAAGUUAUCGGGACCCUGCUUACCCAGCCUGGGGGUUCUGUCGGCCUUAAUUCAUAAACACUAUGAAUUUCCGACAAAAAUUAACCAGACAGAGGAGAGGAGGGAGAAAGAGCUGGGGGAGAGGCCUAGAGCCAAGACCAGGUGGGGGUGCGGCCCUGUGCCCUCCACACUCACAGGAGGUACCUAGGAGCCAGGUGGGAGUAUGACAGGCUGUGGCACACAGCCCCACCCCUGGCCACCUCAGGGCUGCCUGGGCCUCCGGCUUCCAGGCCCUGCUCUCCACGGCCUCCCUCUGGCCCAUUGGAGGGGCAGGCUGAGGCUGUGGAGGGGACAAGCGCACUGCCCAGCAUGCAGUCCCGCUGAGGGCACCGCCUCUUGGUGUCCUGUGGGAGGGAAGCUGAGAACACACGGACUAGCUGAGUGGUAGAGGUAGUUGAGACGAGAAGCGGGGUAGCGGAUCUAGGUAGUUUCCCGAUGCCCCACACUCCUAGGAGGUCCACCUGGGGUGUGCGGGUGGGCCUGGGGCACCCCGUCGCCUUUGCAGAACUGCCCAGGCCCCUUUCUGUCAGUAUUAUUAGGGUUACGAAUUGCAGCUGUUUAACUUGAAAGACAUUGGCAGAGGCGAGCGUGUCUGGGUGCCGGGACGCUGCAGUGAUCCCCGCCAGGGCCUCUGCUCUCCUGCUCCGUCUUUGGAGCCCUCGAGGCUGCCUCCUUCCUUUUGCCAAUCUCUUGGACUCAGUUGCCGUUGGUGCAUUUUUCUCAUGGAAUUUCUGGGCAGGGUGGAUCUGCAGCCCUGUUGGGGACGGCGUUUGGCAGGUUUUCUCUUUGGGGUUGAAUCAUUCAACUUAAUGACUGAGCCUUUUCUUGUCUUAUUUGGAAGAGCCGAUAAGUAUUCCACUCCUCCCUUCUUGCCAGUGCAGACACUAUGCCAAAAAAUAACUUCACACUUUUGUAUGGCGUUUUUAUUGUGAGACAUUUAAUGUGAACGGUGGGGGGACUCUGGCUGACCUCCUUUUCUGCUUCUAGUAGUCUCUGCUUCAAGGUACAAAUGGGAACACCUCCCCUCGGGAAGCCUGGCCAAGCUGGAAGAUCCAGCGGGUUUUUUGAGAGCUGGGUGGAGGAUUGGGGAGGAAAGAAAGGGCGGUGGCCUCAGGAGGUUCCGACCUUCGGGGACCAGACUUGCUGCCAAGGGCUUCUGCAUCCAGGGUGGGCAGUGCCAGCUUGUCACCCUCGCCCGAUUCCCACGUCCCGGUCCUGAGGGACUUAGCACAACAGGACAAGCGUCCAGGAGCCACGGGCUCCCACCCCGAGCAUAUCACAUGGUGCCGAAUUGCACUGAACACGCGUGUGUGCGUCGCAUGCGGCCACGACCACAGACACGCACGCACACACGCAGAGGUGCAGAACGAGGAGGCCGGCAAAUCCCGCAGCUGCCACGGUCCCUCCUGUCAUUCUCACGACUCCGGGAGAAACUGUGCCGUAUGAUACAGAUCUAUUUUAAUACACUUAACACUGGGUGAACAAGAUUUUUAUAUUCUUUUAUUGAUGAACAAAGCGAACCGUGUGAGGCACACGUCUUCUAUAUUGGCUACUCUGUGCCAAGUAUGCAUUACCGCGUGGCUUGCGACGUCCAUGUCUUCAGCUUCCUUUUCUGUUGGUUUGGUUUUCUUCGCGGAUGGAUUGAGUUAAAUGUUUUAACAACGUCAUGGGAGGAUAUGAAAGGUUGGACCCGGGAGGGGUAGCUGCCAAUGUGUCUUGAGAUUGUUAGUUUUUUUUUUUUGGACCGAGGAGGACCGUCCAGUGGGUAGUGAGGAUAGAGAAAAAGUGUUUGUCUUAAAUACACCAAUGUAGUUUUCCUUCUUUACAAUGCAUUAAAGUCGAUCGAUGAUUUCAAA